UGAAAUAUUCCACACGAGUAAGCCAUAAUACUGCAGUAAAACUUGACCACCAACUAAAUAAAGUUAUUGUACUAUUCUACAUUACUCUUUUUGGAAGUUUUAUAUACUCAGUACAACUCCAAUUCAAUUCCAAUUUGAAGUCUUCAGCUACUUUUCAAUUGUUUUGCAACUCUCUCUAGUGCAUACAUACCUCGUUUUAGUAGUGAAACCCUUGUUACUAUUUGGGUUCAUACAAGUAUAGUCGCUUAAAAAAUAAAAAAUCAUUAAUCGAUUGUUAAGUUGUAGUGUGAUUAGCAUGUCGCAUCUCUCAUAUUCAACAUUUGUUUUAUAGGUACACCUAAAUUCCUGCUUCAAAGUUACUAAAAAUAAUUAAAAAGUGAUUUGAGUUAAGAAAAAGUUCAAUUGAAUAAGCUAAAAUCAUAUGCAAAGUUUAAGAUCUGGAAAAAAUCUUGGAAGCUGUAAAAUAUUUCUCUCGGGUAGCAGAUAAAUCAUAAAUGUAAUAUUUACUCGAAGUGCAAAUUUUUUUUUUUUUUUUACUGAAAUAUUUGGAAAUAGCAAUUUGGAUCACUCUGGAAAGUAAAUCCACGCUCGAUUGUGUUAAAUUACUGAUUUGUAGUUCACAUUAGUCGAUUUUCACAUGAUUACUACAAGAUUCAGAUAAAAAGUUGGAUCUCUAAUCAGGCUUUGGUCCGAGAACAAAGCUUUCUCCUCAAUCGCUGAUAAUAUUCCGCGAAGGCGCGUGAGAUUACACCAAACCCCUAUAAAAACGCCGACGUCGCCUCUCUAACCCUUUAAGAUCUCUCUCUCUCUCUCCUUCGUGCCACCAACUAACAUUUUUCACGUUAGCAAUGUCAGCCGCCGCGUCUUCAACGAUCUCCGUCGCCACCACCAACCCCCUCAAGAGCUUGUCCCUCUCUUCCAGAUCGCCUCUCCCCUCCGCCUCUUCCAUCUCCUUCCCUUCCCGCAACCCCCGCCGACUCGUUCUCGUCUCCUGCACAACCGGAGACGGAUCCAAACCCACGAUCCUCGUCGCGGAGAAGCUCGGCGACGCCGGAGUGAAGCUCUUGGAGGAUUUCGCGAAUGUCGACUGCUCUUACAACAUGACACCCGAGGAGCUCAACACCAAGAUCUCUCUCUGCGACGCGUUGAUCGUUAGGAGCGGGACUAAGGUUGGCCGCGAGGUUUUCGAGUCGUCUCGUGGACGGCUCAAGGUUGUUGGACGCGCUGGUGUUGGCAUCGACAACGUGGAUCUGAGAGCGGCGACGGAGUUUGGCUGUCUUGUUGUAAACGCCCCCACGGCGAACACGAUUGCCGCCGCUGAGCAUGGGAUAGCGCUUUUGGCCGCCAUGGCUAGGAACGUUGCUCAAGCUGAUGCGUCUGUUAAGGCUGGGGAAUGGAAGAGGAACAAGUAUGUAGGUGUUUCACUCGUCGGCAAGACUCUUGCAGUGUUGGGAUUCGGGAAAGUCGGCACAGAAGUCGCUCGUCGUGCCAAAGGUCUCGGCAUGCGUGUCAUCGCUCACGAUCCCUACGCCCCAGCGGACCGUGCGCACGCCAUCGGCGUUGAGCUAGUUGGCUUCGGCGAAGCCCUCGCCACCGCUGAUUUCAUCUCUCUCCACAUGCCUCUCACGCCCGCGACAUCGAAGAUACUCAACGACGAAACCUUUGCCAAGAUGAAGAAAGGAGUUCGCAUCGUGAACGUCGCUCGCGGAGGUGUGAUAGACGAAGACGCGUUAGUGAGGGCCCUUGAUGCUGGGAUCGUUGCUCAGGCCGCGCUUGAUGUUUUCACCAAAGAGCCGCCGGCUAAAGACAGCCCUCUCGUGCAGCACGAGAGGGUCACGGUGACGCCUCAUCUCGGAGCCAGCACGAUGGAGGCUCAGGAAGGAGUUGCUAUCGAGAUUGCUGAAGCUGUUGUUGGAGCUUUGAACGGGGAGCUUGCCGCGACCGCGGUCAACGCGCCUAUGGUCUCUGCUGAGGUUCUGACGGAGCUGAAACCGUAUGUGGUACUAGCUGAGAAGCUAGGGAGACUAGCGGUGCAGCUGGUGGCUGGAGGAAGCGGCGUGAAGAACGUUAAAGUCUCGUACACGUCGGCACGAGCCACUGACGAUCUUGACACGAGACUUCUAAGGGCAAUGAUCACUAAGGGAAUCAUCGAGCCGAUCUCUGACGUUUAUGUCAACUUGGUCAACGCUGACUUCACAGCUAAGCAGAGAGGUUUGAGACUCUCGGAGGAGCGUGUGGUCUUGGACGGGUCACCAGAGAACCCGUUGGAGACGAUAACUGUGAAGCUAGGGAACGUGGAGUCGAAAUUCGUGAGCUCCUUGUCCGAGUCAGGAGAGGUCAAAGUAGAGGGAAAGGUUAAAGACGGAGUCCCUCAUUUGACAAAGGUUGGAUCGUUUGAGGUGGAUGUGACUCUUGAAGGUAGUAUCAUACUGUGCAGGCAGGUGGAUCAACCAGGUAUGAUCGGGACGGUUGGGAGCAUUCUUGGAGAGUCUAAUGUUAAUGUUAACUUCAUGAGCGUUGGAAGAAUCGCACCGAGGAAGCAAGCUAUUAUGGCGAUUGGUGUAGAUGAUCAGCCGAGCAAGGAGACUCUUAAGAAGAUUGGGGAGAUUCCAGCGGUGGAAGAGUUUGUUUUCCUCAAGCUCUAGUUUGGUGUGUUGUUUGAUUAUUGAAUUGGAGGAUUUGAUGUUGGGGGGAUUUUUCGUUUGUUGGGUUUAAGACAAUAAUGUUAUCUUGGCUUUCUUACAGUUUUGGUAAUGUUUGAGACUUGAAAGUAAUAGUAGUAUCUUUGAUGUUUUCAACUUUA